AUGGCGGCAACCACUUUACGCCGGCGACUUACUUCUGCCAAAGAGGGCAUCAAAGAAAAGAUCCAAAGCCACAGAAAGCUGUCGGGUUGGGUUCUUGAGCGUCAAGAAUCCAGCUUCGCAGACGACGGUGCAUAUUCCAACAUCGACUCCGAUGUCACACCGCCUGAGAGACGAACCUGGACCUCUUUCACCAUUCUGGGUUUCUGGUGCAGUGACGCUCUGAAUGCCCAAGGCUGGGAAGGCGCCAGCUCUAUCAUGCAGGCUGGCUUAACCUGGAGAGAGACGAUCUAUCUCAAUCUCACGGGGGCGAUGGUCGACACCAUACCAUUGGUACUCAAUGGUCACAUUGGUGCAAAGUUCCAUAUUCCCUUCCCAGUCGCCAUCCGGUCCUCUUUCGGGUUCUAUUUCUCCCGCUUUGCGGUUGUCGUGCGAAUGAUCACCGCGCUGUUUUGGCAUGGAAUCCAAACCUGGACAGGGAGCACGGCCAUGUUCCAGAUCAUCCGCUCAAUUUGGCCGUCAUUUCUGGACAUGCCAAACCAUCUGCCGGAGAGUGCUGGUCUCGCCUCCAACAUGAUGGUUGCUCACUUCGUGUUUUGGUCUGUGCAGCUCCCAAUAUUGCUCAUUCCGCCACACAAGCUCAAAUGGUUCUUUGUGUUCAAAAUCUUCAUCGUUCUCACGGUGAGCGUGGCCACGGUCAUUGCCAUGACGAAACAAGCUGGAGGAGUAGGCGAUAUUUGGGAUCAAAAGUAUGCGAUGAGUGGAUCGGCGAGAUCCUGGGCUAUCAUGGGCAGCUUCUCAAGCAUGUGCGGCGGAUGGGCAACAAUGGCGACCAACAUCCCUGACUUCACGCGAUACAUGAAGCAGCCUCGCGGGAUAUACUGGCAGGCACUGUGGCUCCCGGUUAUCAACGUCUUGAUGGCAUCUUUCGGCAUGAUCGCCACCAGCUGUGCCAAAGUGUUGUAUGGAGAAUACCUCUGGAGCCCUCUGGAUCUGGCCGCGCAGUGGCAUGGCCCAUGGGGACGCUGUGGCGCUUUCUGGGUCGGCUUUGCCUGGUGUGUGGCUCAAAUCGGAACGAAUCUUUCGGCCAACGUGAUUUCCUGCUCCAACGACAUGACCAAUCUGUGUCCAAAAUACAUCAACAUCCGCCGCGGUGUCAUCAUCACUACCGUCAUUGCGGGAUGGGCCAUGGUUCCCUGGAAGAUUGUGUACUCGGCCGGCUCAUUCUUGACCUUCAUGUCCGGUCUGUCAACCUUCCUCGCCCCAAUUGCCGCCAUCCUUGCUGCAGACUAUUGGGUGGUUAAGAGAAAACGCUUCGAUGUACCGGCAUUGUACCGCCGCUUCGGCCGAUACCGCUACAUAAGGGGCUUCAACUGGCGAGCCGCGGUGGCAUUUGUGGUUUCGGUCGUUCCAAACAUGCCAGGGUUGGCCAAGGCCGUGCAGCCCUCGAUCAAGCUCAACGCCGGGAUCAUGCACAUCUGGGAUAUGAAUUACCUGUGGGGAUUCACCAGCGCUUUCGUCCUGUACUGCGCCUUCAGCCAUUUCUUCCCAGCCACGGAAACACUGGUCGAGGAGUCAGUAUACGGCGAUGUGGUAUUUUAUGAUGGUACACCGACACCGGAUGAGACCAAAGAAGCAGAAGAAAUAGCCACAUCUGUCGAUCACAAAGGUGUAUAUACUUCCUAG